AUGGGCUCAGCCAAAAACAAGAAAAAACCAGGACCAAAACCAAAACCAAAACCCAUCAGCAAGCCUGGCAGCAAAAAAACUUCUGCAACUUCACCUCUCAACAUUGAUUCAUUGCCUGAGGAUGUUCUAACAGCAACCCAGGGACUCCUUGGUCUUUCUAAUGGCUUGAAAGAGACCCAAGAGUAUCAUAACUCAGAGCAACCUGACCCUAGUAAUAUGCUGCUAAAUGAUGACGAAUUUUUAGUCACCACCAAGGAUGAUGCUGCAGAGAAUGGAGACAGGGUAACCUUGGAUCCAGAAGCUAUGAGUAACAGUACUGAGUCCUCAGACGAGGAAGAUGAGGAGGACGAAGACAGUGCUUUUGAUCUUGAAUUUAUGGUCCCCAUUAACGGUGCAACUGAUAGUGCUACAUACUCUUCCAAUAUCACUUGGACCAACUUUCAUUAUCAGAAAGAGCUGCCUCGUGUGCUCCAGACACCUGUGCAUCUUGCAAGACUAUUUGUGGCUGCCCAGAAAGAGCUGAGAAAAAACAAAGUUAAGAAGAAGGGUGGUCGCAAAGAUGGCCAGAAGAGGGCGAAGUCGAAGAAAGAUGAUAGUGAUUCCAAACAAGCUGGAGAUAGUGAUGAGACAGACAUUGUACUGAAGAAGAAAACAGCACCACAAUAUAUUAUUGAACUGCAAGCAGAACAUGCUUGUGGUAAUCAUAGUGGCGAGUACUGUGUGAUCCUUCCAAACAGAAGUCAUCAUCACUUGACCAAUAAGGAUCUUAGCCUUUGGAGUCUGUUAUUGACAGAAGGUGUCCACACAAGCUUGAAGGAUCCUCCCAGUGAACUGAAAAUUGAGGAUGUAGUCCGCCCACUGAGGAUCCAUAAACAAUCUCAAUCUCAACCAGAAAUGUCUUCUCAUCCAUUUCCAUACUAUUAUCCAUACCCACCUCCACCACCGCCUGGAUAUGGAGCUCUGCACUAUCAUCACUAUUCGCCACAGACACCAACACCUUAA